AUGUCGCUUGUUUUCAUCACCCAUUCGAGCCAGACCAGAGUGCCGAUCGUGGGCAGAACUGCUGAAGAAGUAACGAGUAGGGAGGCCACAUCUGCCGAGUUGAUAAAGAGAAUAUCCCGCAGGAUGAACUGCUGGUCGACGGAUGGUGGAAGUGAGUUAGAGAUGGAUGUUGGUGAGAAAGAGGAAUGGAGUGGAAUGAGAAGCCCCGAUCAUAUCUACUUCUCAAACUCUGUUUCUGAAAUUAUACUUGAAGGACCAGACAAUCCUGAAAAUGGUGAUCAUGUGUUGAAAUGGAAGCCACACGCAGGGCAACGUACCCAGAAGCUGGUAACUUACACCAGAAACAGAUGGGGCAGGUGGAUAGCAGACUGGAAUGAUUACUUAGAAAACAUUGACUUACACAGGUCCAUGAGACGGAGCGAUAUUUAUCAUCCCAUAAGUACAAGAAUAAUAUAUCCCAGGUUUAGCUUUGCCGGAUUAUACACCUUGUUUCAGCCGCAACCGCAGAAGAAAAUUGUGAAAGAAUAUGAAGUAUUUGGACUCAAAGUUGAGGUAAGCCCAGAGCGGCCUGUGGUGGGCAGUGACGUCACCCUCAGCUGUACCAUCUCCAGACGCCCAGAUACCGUCAGUCUCCACUGGAAACCAGUGGGCACAUCCCAACAGAACAGGAGAAACACUGAUCAGAUCCGCCUGAAUAACACCAUCUAUCUGAUGGUCCGACACGUUACAGUGGAGGAUGGCGAGUUGUACGAGUGUCAAGUGUGGGAAAAGGAAAACAUUGUUCUCACAAGCAAAGUAUAUUUUACUGUGAAAGAUGAAUUAUAUCAAAGCCAAAAAACCAUAUAUCGUUCAGGCACAGGUCAGAGUGAACUCUACCUGAUCUGUUUCCAGAGAUCUUAUUCCUCCUGUGAUAGUGCUAGGUGGAUUUGGAAUGCACAUCUUCACCAAAUCCAGAACAGAGAAGUAGUGACUGCCUCAAGAUCACAGUCAGUCCAAGCUGACACGACUUACUUCAGGAAUCGAAUGGUGACCACAGUGCUGAAAUUUAAUGGCAAUGAUUUCAGUGCACGUAUUGUCCCAGUGCUGUCUGAAGAUGCGGGAGUUUACAAGUGCUACAUGGAUUCCGUUCUCAUUGUGACCAUUGAACUAAUCACAGUGAAAGUCACAGCUGAACCAUCUGAUUCAGUGACUGAGGGAGACACCAUUAUCUUGACCUGCUCUGUGUCGAAGGUCACCGAAUCAGUGAGAUUGUUAUGGAUCAACGGUCAUGGCAAACCUGUUCGAGAAAAGACACUGAAUGGGGAAGAGAAAUCUAUGAGUUUGAUGAUUAAGAAAUUUGAUCGAGACAGAUGGAAUUGGAAGUGCGGUUUAUUCCAUCAAGGCAGGCCCCAGCUUUUACUCCCUUUCUACUUGGACCCCAGCGAAAGCAAGAUCAAGCAGCCAUUAUCUUUGAAUCUUUAUAUGCAUUGUUUCACACAGGAAGGAAACUUUGUACUGAAAGGGCCAGAUGAUCCUGGGAAUGGUUCAAUUGAUUUGGAAUGGAGUCCACACACAGGGCAACAAACCACAAAGCGAUUGGCCACUUUUCACAGAGAAGAUCGGUGGUGGGCCGCGCAUUGGACAGAUGAGUACAGUAAAACAAACGUUUCCCGGAGGUUACAUGUGGAGUGGGGUACUCAUAACCUGAGAAUCCGGAAACCCAUCUUUGAACUUGCAGGACUGUUCACCUGGAAUCAGACACAGUCCGGUGGGAGCAUCCUGAGACAGUGGGAAAUAUUUGGGGUCAAAGUUGAGGCCGACUCACAGAGACCUGUAAUGGGCAGUGACGUCACCCUCAGCUGUACCAUCUCCAGACUCCCAGAUACCGUCAGUCUCCACUGGAAACCAAGAGGCUCAUCCCAGAGGAACAACAACACUGAUCAGAUCCACCUGAAUAACACCGUCUAUCUGAUGGUCCGACAUGUUGGAACAGGAGAUCCCAGUCUGUACACAUGGGAAGUGCAGGAAAAAGGCUCCAUUGUUCUCACUGGAGACACCAAUGUUGGAGUGGAUGAGGAUUUGCGUAUGAAGACAUACACCAUUUAUCGGUCAGACAAAGAUCACAGUGAACUUGACCUGAUUUGUAAAGUUAGUACUAAUCUCAUUGAAACCAAAUGGACUUGGAGGUCACAACAUUUCCAGAAUGAAGAAAAUGAAAUAGCUUCAACUAACAGAUCAGAACCUAUCAAGGUCAACAGGACCUACUUUGGAAAUCGAUUGGCAGCAAUAGAGGGAAAACUGAAUGACACAAACUUCAAUCUGAAGAUUAUUCCUGUGCGAUUUGAAGAUGCUGGAGUUUUCACAUGUUCACUGCAAACUUUUAAAUAUGUGACCAUUGAACUAAUCACACUUAAAGUCACAGCUGAACCACCUGAUGGUGUGACUGAGGGAGACACCAUUACCCUGACUUGCUCUGUGUCUCGAGUCACUGAAUCAAUAAGACUUGUCUGGGUCAACAGCAAUGGAGAAGUUAUGAAAGAGAAAAUAUUUAUGGAGCAGACUCAGGAGGAGAGAUCAUUACAGCUGAAUAUUACAGAAGCUACUGGAGACAGAAGGAAGUGGUUGUGUGGUUUGUUUCAUCAAAACACACCCAAGAUUUUUUUUCCAUAUUAUCUGAAGGUGAAGAUGAAUAGCUAUUCUAAACACGUCACUGUUGUAAUCACUUGGAUUGUGGCCCUUCGUCUCAUCAUUAUCCUGGUAAUGGUGUUGUGUCUAAGGAAGUGUAAGCUCACAGAUUUGGAAAAGCAGAAACAAUCAGAGGGAAACGUACAAGAAGAAUCCCACCUUUAUUCAAAUGUCAAUGAACUCCAUCAAAUCCAAGGAUGUGAUGUGCUUCCAUUAAUUAUAAGAUAA